AUGUUGAGCUAUGCCACGACACCUCAAGAGGUGUUUCCUUCGGGCCCCCAUUUCUCGAAAACAGGCAAGUCCCGAUCUGCGACAGUAUACAUCGGAGGCAAGCCACCAUACCGUGACGGGCCAAUCAUAUUCCCUGCUGGACGCCACCGGCGCAAUAUCAUCGCCAUUGCCGUCCUCGCCCGAUCACUGUCUCCGUGCUCUGCCUGUCUGUCAGUAAUCGGCGUGAUUGAUAUGCGUCCGUCUUCGGUGUCGUACCAGCUGGCCGCCUUCUUGAUCGCCGCUGCACGACGCAAUACCCCGCUUUCCCUACCUUCUGCGACUAUCCCAACAGCUACUCUUUACUUCAUCAAAACAUUCAAAUCAUCGCUAGCAAUGUCGCACAACAUACUAAUCACCGGGGCCUCUGGAUAUCUAGGUGGCACCUUGCUCAAUCGUCUGGGCGAAGCCAACCUGCCACCUUACGGCAAGCUCUUCGCACUGAUACGGACUGAUGAUCAAGCUGAAAAGGCCAAGAAGCUUUACGGCGCUGAGCCCCUCAGAUUUGACGCGUAUAACGAAGACGCCGUUCUUGAAGCCUUGAGAAGUCAUCAUAUUACAGUUGUGUACCACUUGAUUGAUCCACGGACUGAGGUUUCCCAACUGGCAUUUAUCAAAGCCCUCGGGGAGGUUAAGAAGCAAACUGGGAGUGAGGUGCAUUUUCUGCAUACUACAGGAGCAAAGAUCUUUUCUUCUCACGCGGAUGCACCUACAGACCGCCCACUGCUGGACACAGACCCGGAGCUCUACCACAUCCAGAAGUCUCAAAAGCCGUCAAAUGAGUUUUUUCAGGCCGCUGUAGCAACAAACAACCUUGUAAUUGAGCAAGCUGAAGUCCACGGUGUUCAAGCGUAUAUCUUUGCGCCAUGUAUUGUUUAUGGUCAAGGAGAAGGAUUCGGGAACGUAAUUUCCAUCCAGACCGUUGCGGUUGUGCGGGCUGCCAAAGGAGCUGGGCGCGUAUAUCGCACUGAUCAAGGACAACCGACUUGGCCUGUCUGUCAUGUCUAUGACAACACAACUCUAUAUAUUUCCCUCCUCCGCGCCAUCCUCAAUGGUGCAAAGCCAGAUCAUGGUCGUAAUGGCUACUACCUGGCCAGCUCCGGAAGUGUUGUAUGGGACGAUCUUUAUUCGGCAAUCGCCAAAUCUCUAAAGCAGCGUGGCGUCAUUGGUGACGACACGGUGGCGACUGCGGACAAAGCAGCUCUAGAGGAAAUGGGUAAAGCUCUUGGCUGCCCUGCGUCCUUCGUCCCUAUCAUGGUGGGCGGUAAGUGCACUUUCGUGGCAGAAAGAGCCAACAAAAAGCUUGGGUGGCAGGCCAAGUAUUCACCAGAGCAUGUGUUGGAGAACGCUGAUGCUGAAGUUGAGCUCAUUUUGAAGAACUUGAAGUAA